CGGAUAUAGUGUAAAGUAGGUAUUCGUACCUGGUGGGAAGGAAAACCGACGCCUUCCAUGGCUUCCAUUCCUUCCCUUCAGGCUUCAGGUAUACGGUGCAACUCCAAACACAACCCAUAGGUUAAGGCCACACAUGUUAACACCACACACCUCACACAGAUUUACACCUCUCACACACCUCCAAGUCACAACUGCCUGCCAUUGGAUUACCACAUUACUUACCACUACCACCACCAUCUACUUCUUCUUCUUUCUGCUCCUCUGUCAAUCCCAUCCGCAUUCGCAAUUUACUCUCCUGUCUCUCGCCUCUUUUCUUUUGGCCAAUCCCUUUGCUUCUGUAAUAUUGUUACUGACACCGGACCGGGGCGCUUCAUGCUUUGCUAUUCCUCGUUCCUACUGCAUACGCCUGGUAGAUGGAGUGACACGGUGCUAGACUGCCGGCAAAGAGAAGAGGACGAAGAAAAAAAACCCC